AUGGCAGAGAACGAUGUCUGGUUGAUUACCGGUUGCUCCUCUGGACUGGGCAAAGCUCUUGCGGACUUCGCCUACAAAGCGGGCUCUGCCGUUGUAGCUACGGCUCGGAAGCCCGAAACGCUCUCAUACCUACCUGACAGCCCAAACGUCCUCAAGAUUGGUCUGGAUGUUACUUCGAAAGAUCAAGUCGCACAGGUCAUCCAGGCGGCAGUUGAUAAGUUUGGCCGCUUAGAUGUCGUGGUCAACAAUGCAGGGUACGGCGUGACUGGGGACACUGAAGUUCUUCCCGAUGCCGAUGCACGCGCACAGCUCGAGACCAACUUCUGGGGUGCCGUCAAUGUCACCAAAGCGGCCCUGCCAAUCCUACGAGAAGUUAACCCUCCUGGAAAGGGCGGCCUGUUCAUGCAGAUCUCGUCUGUGGGCGGCAGAGUUUGUUACGCUGGCUCUGCUUACUACCAUGCCAGCAAAUUCGCCCUAGAAGGAUUCACGGACGCCCUGGCGAAAGAGAUGCACCCGGAUUGGAACAUCAAGUUCACUAUUAUCGAGCUCGGCGCAGUGGCAACCAACUUCCCGCAGAAUAUGGUCCUGCCUCCGCGGCAUCCAGCUUAUGAGGACCCAGCUUGUGGAUAUAAUGCGGUUAGAGCCUACCUAACCAGUGCAGCAAACGCUGUGCAGUGGAAUGAUGCAACAGUUUGUGCUCAAGUGUUGCACGAGCUUGCAACUAAAAGGAACGACAUCACUCCCCCAUUGAGACUCGCCCUGGGCGCUGAUUCUUGGGCCGUUGUCAAGGCCGAACUGGAGGGUAUCAUGAAGGAGCAUGAAGCCUGGAAGACUGUGGCAGAGAGCACCUCCCACGCCGAGAACACGAGAGCAACGGAGUUCCUGCUCAAGUCGGUGCGCUAG